AAUGAAAACCAGAAGAUGAAUACUACUGUUUAGUAUUUACUACUAUUAAGACUAAUAUGCAUUGUUGUUCCCACCCAAUUCCACGGUUGUAGGCUUUAACUACUGGGAAAGAAGCUGUUAAUUAGCCCUGGUUGACGGUUACAGUUACAGGUCACGACUCCAACUACCUUAAGCAUUGUUACGAUGAAUGUAGAAAACAAACGGUGGAUAUGGGUUCUUGUGAUAGGAGGAGCUACUGCUGUACUUAUAUUCUGCUACCUUUGCUGCAUCAUCUGGAGAAAAUGCAAGAUAGAAGCUGACAGAAAAAAGGAGCAGAAGAAACUACUAUCGGAAAUUGGAGUCAGUAAGGUGUUUUCCACGGCCUAUAACAAAACAAAACGACACCAUAAAAAUGGAAAAACCUACAAUGAAAUGCAGAUAUUUAGCUUUCCAAUCAUUGCUGCUGCUACAGACAACUUUUCAGUUGCAAAUAAGUUAGGAGAGGGUGGCUUUGGACCAGUAUACAAGGGGAGGCUUCCUGAUGGACAAGAAAUAGCAAUAAAGAGACUUUCUAGUGGAUCAGGGCAAGGGUUGGUAGAGUUCAAAAGUGAAGCCAAACUUGUAGCAAAACUGCAGCAUACUAAUCUAGUGAGGCUUUUGGGGUUCUGCAUACAAAAUGAAGAAAAUAUAUUAAUCUAUGAGUACAUGCCCAACAAAAGUUUAGACUUUCAUCUGUUUGGAUCUAACAAAAGGGAAACAAUGGUUUGGGAAAAAAGAUUCAGCAUCAUUGAAGGUAUAGCUCAUGGGCUGAUUUAUCUCCAUCACUUUUCAAGAUUAAAAGUGAUUCACCGGGAUUUGAAAGCUAGCAACAUAUUACUUGAUUAUGAGAUGAAGCCAAAAAUUAGUGAUUUUGGCAUGGCAAUAAUAUUAGAUUUGAAUGGAAUUGAAGAGAAGACAAAAAGAAUUGUUGGAACAUAUGGUUACAUGUCUCCGGAAUAUGCUAUGAAAGGCGUUAUUUCAACAAAGACUGAUGUGUUUAGCUAUGGAGUCUUGGUUCUUGAGAUUAUAAGUGGGAAGAAAAAUAAUUGUCGCUGUCAUUCUGAUUACCCCCUCAAUCUUAUUGAAUUUGCAUGGCAACUCUGGAAUGAAGGUAAAGGUGUCGAGUUAAUAGAUUCAUCAAUGCUUGAAUCAUGCCAUACAGCAGAAGUAUUACGAUGCAUUCAGGUGGGCUUGUUAUGUGUACAAGCCAAUGCAGCAGAUAGACCAACCAUGUUAGAAAUUUAUUCAAUGCUUGCAAAUCAAACUCUUUUCCUCCCUGUCCCUAAACAGCCUGCAUAUUUUAGUGAUCCAUUUGCAAAUGAAACAAAUGCGUCAGUGGGAAAACAAGAAUCUUUCUCCAACAAUGAGGUGACAAUUUCAGUGAUGUAUGCCAGAUAAUGAUAGUUUCCAAGCAUCCUUAUGUAAAAUUGAAUGAACACGAAACGCAAGCUUUUGCUGUAUGAUUAAAUAUUUCCAAUUUCAUCUAGGGUAUUAGAUUGAAACACUUUGUCUUACUCUACUUAAUGUCAUUGUUAUUCUGUUUCGUUAUAAGAGCAUGAAGAGUAAAAGAGCACUAAAUAGCUAACUUUAUUAAAGAUUGAGAUUGUUAUUUUCAUG